AAAUUGAGCUUUGAGAGCUGGUAUGGUGUCACAAGAGCGCGAGGAGGACGUUCCGUUCGCGCCCGCUGGCUAAGUUCUGGACCGCGCUCCUCCUUUCUUGACGCGGGGCAUGUUUGCGCUGCCUCGGCAGAGCUGAGGAGCGAGGACACCCAAGCUGUAGCCCAGGCCGCCUCGGUGCUUCGCCUUCGCGGUUAUGUCUCCCGUCAGCGAGGAGGUGGAAGUGGGGAACUCCAUCCCCACCCCCUCCCCUCUGGAAGAAAGUGAGUCGGUGGGCGAGAAGCCGAAGCAGGAAAACGGAGAAUGGUGCCCGCAGAAAGCCUCGCUCGGCUCCGGGAACGGAGAAGUCCCCCUGGUGAUUGGGCUCGGGGCGACGCAGGGUCCUCCCGAGAAGGCGGCGCAGCAGGGUGAGCCCCCGCAAGUGCACCAGGGGACUGCCGAGCCGCCCGAGGGAGGCUGGGGCUGGGUUGUCAUGCUGGCCUCCAUGUGGUGCAACGGGACUGUCUUCGGGAUCCAGAACUCGUGCGGAGUCCUCUUCACGUCCUUUCUGAAGGAAUUCGGAGACCCCGAGGACAAGCAGCUGAUGUUCAGGACAGCAUUUGUGAAUUCUUUGUCCAUGGGAAUGAUCUUCUUCUGUUCUCCCAUUGUCAGUGUAUUUACCAACAUAUUUGGUUGUCGACAAGUAGCUGUAGUAGGAGCGGCUGUGGCUUUGACUGGGCUCCUUUCAAGCUCCUUUGUAAGCUCACUUGGACCUCUCUACUUCACUUAUGGAAUCUUGUUUGGUUGUGGCUGCUCAUUCACCUAUCAGCCAUCCCUGGUCAUUUUGGGACAUUAUUUCAAGAAGCGCCUGGGACUGGUGAAUGGCAUUGUUACUGCUGGGAGUAGUUUGUUUACUAUAACGCUGCCUUUUCUUUUAAACGCACUGGUCCACUCUGUUGGCCUCUCUGGCACUUUCCAAGUCCUAUGCAUUUUUGUGUUUAUUCUCUUCCUGGCUUGCUUUACUUACAAACCUCUCAUGCCUAGUGCCAAACAAAGUGGAAAAGGGAACAAGUUCAAAUUACCUCCAGCGAAAGAUGUGUGCAAUUUUUCCAUAUUCAAAAUUCUGAGUUAUAGAAUCUGGGCUCUGGGGAUUCCAGCUGCUUUAUUUGGAUAUUUUAUACCUUAUGUUCACCUGCUAAAACAUGUGGAAGAACGUAUUGAUGAAAAUAUUCCAGAUGUGACACUUCUGCUUUGCCUUGGCGUUACUUCAGGAAUUGGUCGGCUGGUCUUUGGCAAAAUUGCAGAUUACAUUCCUGGCGCAAAAAAGGUUUAUCUACAGGUGAUAUCCUUUUUCGCAAUUGGCCUGAUGUCUAUGAUGAUCCCAUUAUGCAAUUCCUUUGGAGGUCUUAUUGCUGUCUGCCUUAUCAUGGGCCUUUUUGAUGGGUGCUUCAUUAGCAUCAUGGCACCUAUUGCUUUUGAGUUAGUUGGCGCACACCGUGUUUCUGAAGCAAUUGGAUUCCUCCUGGGCUUGAUGUCUAUACCAAUGACAGCUGGUCCACCCAUUGCAGGAAAGUUACGGGAUCACCUAGGCUCUUACAAUGUGGCAUUCUAUCUAGCAGGAGUUCCGCCUAUUAUUGGAGGAGCUAUAUUAUGUGCUAUCCCAUGGGUGCAUGCAAAGAAGAAGCACAAAGAACAAGCUACACCUGUGUAUGGAGAAACCACAGAGAAAAUGCUGGAAAUCAAAAGCCCCCCUGCGUCGGACUCAUUUGAAAAAUCUAGCAAAGAAUCAAAAUCUGUUAUUUAAUAUUGCUAUUUUUUUCUACCAGAUUGAAUUUAUUUUUAUAAAACUAGGUAGCUUUCUGUGUAUAAACUGAGUGCGCCAUGAUUGUCCUUCAAAGGCAAAGCUAAGGUGAGCAGCAUGGAAAUAGUAGAGGUGAAAGCAAAUUUAUCAAGUAGGCUUUUCGGCUGUUUUUGGUUGCGUUUACAAAAUAUGUUUCCACUUUUGUAUGACAUGUUGUUAUAACAGAAUAUAUGCUAGUGAAUGUGUAGAUAGGGAGAUACAUGGCUGCGCAUCUGGAAGUCAAGAUCUGUCCUCUCUUACUGGUUGAUCUUCUCAGAAUCCUUUCACUUUUAUAAUCUGUCCAGUGGAGUGAUUCAGCUGGAAUUUUUAGUAGCAUCUAAAGGUUUUAAACAACUCCUGCUAAUCUUUAAAAGUUCUGGGGAUGUGGAAUCAGAGUUUUUAGGAUUCUGGAGGAUUCUGGUAGGUUUUUGCAAAAUGGCAUCUGCCUCUCUACAGCACGCUAGCGAGUUGAAUCAUUUACAGUGCCUCUUUUGUGUGGUUUGUUUCUGGGUGGAGAUUUGGCCUUGUUUGAUUCAGCCCAUGGCAUACUGUUUCUAAAGGGAGUAUGAGGUCCAGCUAAAUCCAAAUGCAUAUCAA